UAUGGCGUCAUUGGUGUAGCACGGUAAAUCUAAAUUCUUUUCAUACAGUAGAGUCCCUUGAAUUGGACUAGAUUGAAAUGCCGGCUCCCGAGGGUAUGGCGCUCUUAUCUUAUCGGCUGUACUGCACAUGCUUUGGUGGCUUGAGCUCCAUGUGUACCUUAAUAUCCUAACAAAGAAAGCUUCAAAGAACUUGUUCCAGUUCUUUAAGUUCCUAGUCUACCUUGAAAACAAUUGAUAUCUAAUAGAUAUAAAUUCAAAGCGCAAUCAGCGAGAAUGGCAGAAAAGUCAUUGCCCUCUGUCAACACGGAAUCUAUUGAGGAAGCGCUACAUCGGCUAUCCAAGAAGCCCGGUGUCAAGGCCUGGUUGAUGCUGGACCGAACCAACGGCACUGUACUCAAGACAAAUGGCCAAAUAUCCGCCAUCCGACCGGCGCGAUCCUCGAACAGUCGAAACUCGCUCCCAAGUCCCACAGGCGGUUCCUUUUCGACCGACGUCAACGUGAACACCAACAAUGAGACACAAGCCGCUCAGGAGCUGGCUAGCAUGGUUUGGAGUUUCUUGAGCACCGCGGGAAGCUUGGUUGACGAGAUUGACUCUGAGGAUGAACUAAAGCUACUAAGGCUGCGAACGAAGAAACAAGAACUCGUUAUUGUACCCGAACCCAAAUACCUACUCGUCGUUGUCCACGAUACACCCCCUGUGUAAUCAUAUUAUGGUACCUUAAUCCAUCGAGUUCGAGGGCCUCUGGUUUUAGCUGGCCGUCCAAGUCAACGGUCAUUGCAUAUGCGGAGUUAACGGCGUUCAGGAAGGCAUUAUACCCAAGAUUGCCAGGGCGGGGAUUGAUUUGUCACAAAAAUAAGCUAUAACAUGUAGUAAUGAUUCUAAAUUUGGAAUAUUUGCUACUACAUCUAGCCGUCGGCUGUUGGAAGUGGUGUUAUUACAUGAUCAUGACAGCACCAAGUAUUGGAUUUAUAGAAGCCCAUAUCGUACACGCAAUAGCUCAUAAAACCAAGCAGCGAGCUGUUGGUGCUGACAUCAGAUCGCAACAAACAGGCUCAUACAAUAGAACCCGAUUAUCUCAUUCUACCUUG